CUUGGGGGGGGGGGUAGGUAAGGUUUUAAUGAGACUCCAUUGGGCUAUAAUCAGUGUCAUGUCGGAUUCACGUUAACUACAACAGGGUGAAACAAAAUGGCGGCGGCUUAGCUUUUACCUUCCUUGAUAAGGAUGUACCCGUGCCACCAGGAACAGUCUUCCUAGACUUCCAAGUUGGUAGAAUGAUAAGGAAUUUCAGUCAACACGUGUUUCUGUGUCUCUUCUGAUUCCUGAAGAAUGGAUAUUUAUGAGAAGCUACUAAACAGCAUGUGGAACUCUCUGAUUGUUUUAGAGUUGUGAAUAACCUUUGAAAGAUUUGUUAAAAGAAUAAAGAGGAACCUCUAUGGGUAACUUUUGGCUGAAAGAUAUUCUUGGUCAACCAUGGUAAAACUUGCAAACCCACUUUAUACAGAGUGGAUUCUUGAGGCUAUACAAAAGGUUAAAAAGCAAAAGCAAAGGCCAUCUGAAGAAAGAAUUUGUCAUGCUGUGUGCGCUUCACAUGGAUUAGAUAAGAAAACUGUUUCAGAACAGUUGGAACUAAGUGUUCAAGAUGGCUCUAUUCUUAAAGUUACCAACAAAGGCCUUGCAUCCUACAAGGACCCAGAUAAUCCUGGGCGGUUUUCAUCUGUUAAACCUGGCACUCUUCCUAAAUCUGUUAAGGGAUCUAGAGGAGCCUCUAAUGAGCUUCGUAAUGUGGAUUGGAAUAAACUAUUGAGAAGAGCAAUUGAAGGGCUUCAGGAACCAAAUGGCUCCUCUCUGAAAAACAUAGAGAAAUAUUUGAGAAGUCAAAAUGACCUAGCAAGUAUUUUCAACAACCCUGUCUUUCAGCAGAGAUUACGGUUGGGGGCCAAGCGUGCUGUAAAUAAUGGGAGGUUACUGAAGGAUGGACCUCAAUAUAGGGUGAAUUAUGGUAGUUUGGACAGUAAAGGAACUCCAAAAUAUUCCAGUGCUUUCCCAGCUUCUCUUCCACCUGUAAGCCUUCUACCCCAUGAAAAAGACCAGCCACGAGCUGAUCCCAUUCCAAUAUGUAGUUUCUGUUUGGGGACUAAAGAAUCAAAUCGUGAAAAAAAACCAGAAGAACUGCUCUCCUGCGCAGACUGUGGCAGCAGCGGGCAUCCAUCAUGUUUGAAAUUUUGUCCUGAGUUAACAGCAAAUGUAAAGGCCUUAAGAUGGCAGUGUAUCGAAUGCAAGACAUGCAGUGCAUGUAGAAUCCAAGGCAAAAAUGCAGAUAACAUGCUCUUCUGUGAUUCUUGCGAUAGAGGGUUCCACAUGGAAUGCUGUGACCCACCACUUUCCCGAAUGCCUAAAGGGAUGUGGAUUUGCCAGGUCUGCAGACCAAAGAAGAAGGGAAGAAAGCUACUUCAUGAGAAAGCGGCGCAAAUAAGACGACGAUAUGCAAAACCUAUUGGACGACCGAAAAAUAAACUAAAGCAACGAAUGUUGUCUGUAACCAGUGAUGAAGGAUCCAUGAAUGCAUUCACAGGAAGGGGGUCACCUGGUAGGGGUCAAAAGACUAAAGUCUGUACCACACCUUCAUCUGGUCAUGCUGCAUCUGUGAAGGAUUCAAGCAGCAGAUUGCCUGUUACAGACCCCACUCGGCCUGGUGCCACCACCAAAAUCACCACCACCUCCACCUACAUAUCUGCCUCUACACUUAAAGUUAACAAGAAAACCAAAGGGCUCAUUGAUGGCCUUACUAAGUUUUUUACACCAUCACCCGAUGGUCGCAGAUCACGAGGUGAAAUAAUAGACUUUUCAAAGCACUAUCGUCCAAGGAAAAAGGUCUCUCAGAAACAGUCAUGCACUUCUCAUGUGUUGGCUACAGGUACCACACAAAAGCUAAAACCUCCACCUUCUUCACUUCCACCCCAAACUCCCAUCUCUGGUCAGAGCCCCAGUUCACAAAAAUCCUGCACUUCCACCUCUUCUAACUCUCCCCAAAGUUCUUCCAGUCAGUCAAGUGCACCCUCCUUUAGCAGCCUUCCUAAUAACAGUCAGCUAAAGGGACUCUUUGAUGGACUUUCUCAUAUAUAUACCAUCCAGGGACAGUCUCGAAAAAAGGGACACCCGAGUUAUGCACCACCCAAACGUAUGCGUCGUAAACCAGAGUUAUCUUCCACAUCAAAAUCUAAUACCCAUUUCUAUGGAAAGAAAGAGAUUAGAAGUAGGUUUAUUUCUCAUUCCUCCACCUCUGGAUGGGGUGUGUCUAGAGGACGUGCUUUUAAAGCAAUUGCUCACUUCAAGCGAACAACUUUCCUUAAAAAGCACAGGAUUCUAGGCAGAUUAAAGUAUAAAGUGACCCCUCAGAUGGGGACCCCCUCACCAGGGAAGGGGAGCUUGGCAGACGGAAGGAUUAAACCUGAUCAGGAUGAUGAUACAGAAAUCAAAAUAAGCAUCAAACAAGAAAAUACAGAUGUAAUUCUGGUGGGGAGAAAGGAAAUUGUUACAGAGGAGGAUGUGGACGUUUUUAAGCAGGCUCGGGAACUUUCUCUGGAGAAAAUUGGAUGUAAAAACAGCAGUGAAACAAAUGGCCGGUACCCUUCAGUGAUAGAAUUCGGGAAGUAUGAGAUCCAGACCUGGUACUCUUCACCUUAUCCGCAGGAAUAUGCAAGGCUAUCAAAGCUUUACCUGUGUGAAUUCUGUCUUAAAUAUAUGAAAAGUAAAAACAUUUUGCUAAGACACUCAAAGAAGUGUGGUUGGUUCCAUCCUCCAGCCAAUGAAAUCUACAGAAGAAAUGAUCUUUCAGUAUUUGAGGUUGAUGGAAAUGUGAGCAAAAUUUAUUGCCAAAAUCUUUGCUUGUUAGCCAAGCUCUUUCUGGACCACAAAACGUUGUAUUAUGAUGUUGAGCCAUUCCUUUUCUAUGUUCUUACAAAAAAUGAUGAAAAAGGCUGUCACUUAGUUGGAUAUUUCUCUAAGGUUAUUUACUUUCUAGAAGAGAGGGGCAAGCAGGGUCCCCUGAAAAGCCGCUGUCUGAUCUGGGUCGUCUCUCAUACUUAGCCUACUGGAAAAGUGUCAUAUUAGAAUACCUUUAUUGCCACCAUGAAAAACAUAUCAGCAUCAAGGGAAUGAGCCGAGCCACUGGAAUGUGUCCACAUGAUAUUGCUACAACCCUGCAGCAGCACAGCAUGAUAGACAGGAGGGAAGACAGAUUUGUAAUCAUUAGAAGGGAAAAACUGAUCUCAAACCACAUGGAGAAACUGAAAGCUAAUCCACGCGUCAAUGAAGUAGACCCUGAAAGUUUGAGAUGGACUCCACUGCUUGUUUCUAAUGCUGCGGUUUCUGAAGAAGAGAGGGAAGCUGAAAAAGAGGCUGAGCGUCUGAUGGAACAGGCUAGCUGCUGGGAAAAGGAAGAGCAAGAAAUAUUCUCCACAAGAACUAAUAGUAGGCAAUCACCUGCAAAAGUACAAUCUAAAAAUAAAUACUUGCGAUCUCCAGAGAGUGUGGCAGUGGUUGGAGAGCGAGGGCAAUCCACGGAGCAAUCUAAAGAAAGCAGUGAGGAUGAUGAGGGGGAUGGGAAUCAUCAAAGUUCACCUCCACGGCUGACCAAACCACAAUCACUGGCCAUAAAAAGAAAGAGACCUUUCAUCUUGAAAAAGAAAAGGGGUCGUAAACGCAGAAGGGUUAAUAGUAGUGUCACAACAGAGACAAUUUCUGAAACCACAGAGGUGUUGAAUGAGCCCUUUGAUCACUCGGAUGAAGAGCGGCCCAUGCCGCAGCUGGAACCUACUUGUGAGAUAGAUGGGGAAGAUGAUGACUUAAAGCCUGUGAUCAGAAAAAUAUUCCAGUAUCAACCUGGUAGGCAGAACCAGGUGGAAGAGGAGGACAAAGAGGAGAGAGACAAUCAUUAUAAAAAUGAUGUUCAGUGUAGAAACAACACAGAGGAUGUAGCUGUCUUGGAAGAAAGCACUAAAGACAAUCCUGAACCCUUGAGGUGUAAACAGGGCUGGCCCAAAGGAGUGAAGCGUGGUCCAUCUAAGUGGCGGCAGAACAAAGAAAGAAAGCCUGGUUUUAAACUUAAUUUAUACACCCCACCUGAGACUCCUAUGGAGUCUGACUACCAGGUAAUAGUAGAGGAACAGAAGCAAGUAUCUGAAGACAAGCCCUGCCAAGUUCCUGCUAUUGCAGAGGAGGAGAUUAAAGAGCCUAUUAAGAAUUUGCAGCCUCAAGAUGAGGUAAAAGAGCUGGAGCCUGAGCUUCUAAACCCACCCAAUGAAUCCUUUGAAAUCAUAGAAAAUGAUCUAAUGAAAGAGGAAGAAGAAAAAAAUGUUGAGGAAGAUGUUUCCAGUGCAAAAAAUCAAGAUAAAGACCCACAGAAGGAAAUGUGCGCUCAAAAAGAUGAGCCUGAGCAUUUGGAUGAUCAUGAAGAGGAGGAAGAAGAAGAGGAAGAACCAUCUCACAAUGAGGAUCAUGAUGCAGAUGAUGAAGAUGAUAGCCAUAUGGGUUCAACAGAAGUGGAGAAAGAGGAGUUACCAGGAGAAGCCUUCAAAGAAGUGCUAGACAACCAGGAGUCUUUUUUAGACUUAAAUGUACAAACUGGUAAUUCAAAUCAAGAGGAUUUAAUGGACUGUGGUGUUGACCUUGCAGCUGAGUGUGAAGGUGACCGUAAAGAGCUUACUGAAGAUUCGGGGCAUGUACCUGAAUCUGAUGAUGAUCAAACAGAUAAUAAUCAGAACCAAAAGGAGAGUGAAGAGUUAAAUUCCGAUUUCAAGGAAGAAAGUACUGAAACCAUGGAGAUUGAUUCAGAGACAGUACAAGCAGUCCAGUCUCUAACCCAGGAAACAAGUGAACAGGAAGAUGCAUUUCAGGACUGUUCAGAGACGCAAGAGGCAUGUAGAAGCCUGCAGAAUUAUACUCAUACUGAUCAAAGUCCACAAAUGACCACACUGGAUGAUUGCCAACAAUCUGACCACAGUAGCCCAGUCUCAUCUGUCCAUUCUCAUCCUAGCCAGUCAGUUCGUUCUGUUAAUAGUCCAAACGUUCCUCCAUUAGAGAACAGUUAUGCUCAAAUCAGCCCAGAUCAAAGUGCCAUCUCUGUGCCAUCUUUACAGAACAUGGAGACCAGUCCAAUGAUGGAUGUCCCAUCAGUUUCGGAUCAUUCACAACAAGUUGUGGAUAGUGGGUUUAGUGAUCUAGGAAGCAUCGAGAGCACAACGGAAAACUAUGAAAACCCAAGCAGUUAUGAUUCUACAAUGGGAAGUAGCAUCUGUGGAAACAACUCUUCCCAAAACAGUUGCUCGUAUAGCAACCUUACAUCUAGUAACCUAACACAGAGUAGCUGUGCAGUGACGCAGCAAAUGUCUAAUAUUAAUGGAAGCUGCAGUAUGAUGCAACAAACCAACAUCAAUUCUCCUCCUACCUGUAAUGUAAAAUCUCCUCAAGGCUGUGUUGUUGAAAGGCCACCGAGCAGCAACCAACAGUUAUCUCAGUGCAGCAUGGCUGCUAAUUUUACACCACCUAUGCAGUUAACUGAAAUCCCAGAGACUGGCAAUGCCAACAUUGGCCUAUAUGAAAGAAUGGGUCAGAGUGAAUUUGGAGCAGGGCAUUACCCACAGCCAUCUGCUACCUUUAGUCUUGCCAAACUGCAACAGUUAACUAACACACUUAUGGAUCAUUCAUUGCCUUACAGCCAUUCAGCUGCUGUAACUUCCUAUGCAAACAGUGCCUCUUUGUCCACAUCCUUAAGUAACACAGGGCUUGUUCAGCUUUCUCAAUCUCCACACACUGUUCCUGGAGGACCCCAAGCACAGGCUACUAUGACCCCACCCCCUAAUCUUACCCCACCUCCCAUGAAUUUGCCUCCUCCCCUUUUGCAGCGUAACAUGGCGGCAUCAAAUAUUGGAAUAUCCCAUACCCAAAGACUGCAAACUCAGAUGGCCGGCAAAGGCCAUGUGUCUGUGAGAACCAAAUCAGCCCCUCUGCCCCCAGCGGCAGCAGCCCAUCAGUCACAAAUCUAUGGGCGUGCUUCACAGACUGUGGCUAUGCAAGGACCCGCACGGACCUUAACGAUGCAACGUGGUAUGAAUAUGAGUGUAAAUUUAAUGCCAGCCCCCGCUUAUAAUGUCAAUUCAGUGAACAUGAAUAUGAACACCCUUAAUGCUAUGAAUGGAUAUAGUAUGUCCCAGCCCAUGAUGAACAGCGGAUAUCAUAGUAACCACGGAUAUAUGAAUCAAACACCCCAGUACCCUAUGCAGAUGCAGAUGGGAAUGAUGGGAACUCAGCCAUAUGCACAGCAACCAAUGCAGACAACACCACACAGUAACAUGAUGUACACUCCUCCAGGGCAUCAUGGCUACAUGAAUACUGGCAUGUCUAAACAGUCUCUUAAUGGAUCCUACAUGAGAAGGUAGGCUCUUUGGAGAGUCAGAUUACCAAACUGGCGUAUUGGAUUGAUCUGCACAAAUAGGAGAGUACGAUUUCAAAACCAGCAAUUGGUGUGAAUGCAAAAACAUUUGUUGGCACCAUGUUAAAAGCUGUAUGCAGCAGAAAGCCUUAUACAAGUUUGUUUUUUCUUUUUCUUUUCUUUUCUUGUUUUGGGGGGGGGACCUCUCUUUUUUGUUGAUUUUGUUUUAGGGGGGAUGGGAUUGGGUUUUUGUUUUGUUUUGUUUGUUUUUUUAAUUUUAACUGAAGUUCUCUGGAAAGGAAGAAUUCUUUCUACGAACUGCAAUUACACAGCAGCCAAUGGUUCAGAGCCAUUUUAUGUGCCUGCUCCCAUUAAAAAUGUGGAUACAUAGACUCCAAAACUUAGUAUUGGACCCUGAGAUUUCUCUCCAUUUUCCCCCACAUGUAAAUGCCUUUUAGCAUUUCAUUUAUUGUACAUUUUGUUUCUUAAGGUGACACUUCCGCAUGCCGCUAAUGUCUUUGUUAGUGACAGUGCAUUUUGUAGUACUGUACAAGUGUUGUGCUUAACAGUAAGCCAUUUCUUAAGUUUUUUGCCUUGAUUAGGUUACCCUAAUUUGAGGGUAAAAAAACAAAACUAUAUUUUUGUUAAUUAUAAAACUUGUAAAAAUAAAAAAAACUGUAAAAGCUAUUCACAUUUUUGUUAGUUCAAAGGGUUUUAUUGCUAAAUGUUUGGUGUAAAGUUGAGACUCUUUUCCAUUUUUGGUGACCGAUUUCUGUUUUUUUUUUGGGGGGGGGGGGAAUAAAAAGGCAGCUUUCUGUUUUAUAAUUGCAGACUUUUUUUCACUGAAUGAAGCAUAUCUCAGUGUUUAUUUGUCAUGUUUUGAAACAUUUUCACAUAUGUCCAAAUACUUGGCAGGAUUUUAAAAAAUAGUGAAUUUGGUGUAAAGUUGCUAUUUUAUGGAAAUGCCUCUAACUUUACAUUUUCAUUCCAUCUGUAGAUUUUUCUAUCUUUAUAAAAUAUUGAAGUUAUUUUUUAAGGGAAAAAAAAUAGAGCAGUAGCGUGUGAAUAGUUCAAACUAAGCUUACAGAUCGCAUGUAAAAAGGCAAAAAUUAUGUGUCUGUUUAUAUUGCUUCCUUUUUUGUAGCCUUUGUACCUGUACAGAGUGACUGUAAGGGCCGAGCAGAAGAGGCUUGAUACAUGUGUAAAAUAGGACCCAGUGACACUCUUGUAUUUAUCUGUUAUCUUUUUAGUCAGUCACUUAAAAAAAA